AUGAAGGACGACACCCAGCAAUUUGGUACGUAUAGAGGCAAAGCAACCACUCAGAAAGUGUGUUUACGAAUGACCUCUUCCUCCACAGAUGUAGCCUCACACUUUGUUAGUAUCCUGGAAAAGGAUGAUAGCAUUUCGCCCGGCAUUGCGGCGAUUAAAACGCUGCUGAUGGUACUGGAAAAGACCAAAUUUGAUACUGUGCAGGAGUUUCAUUCGACACUGCAAGCAGCGGUAGGAGCAAUGCGUAAAACGGACAAACCGAUGACGUCGGUCGUCUCAGGCACGGAACUUUUCUCACGCUUCAUUACGUUGGCCAAGUUUGACGACAAAACGAUGGACGAAGUGCGCGAAAUUAUGCUGAACAGAGGCAAAAUGUUUCUGGAGAAGCUGUUGGAAAGUAGGAACGUGAUAGCGAAACAGGCCAUUACUUUCAUCAGCGAAGGAUGUCGUAUUCUCACACACGCACGAUCGCGAACUGUUCGCGAAGCUUUAAUAUUGGCGGCUCAAAACAACAAACGAUUCCACGUAUUUGUUACUCACAGCGCUCCGGAUCAGCACGGCGAACAAAUGGUACAAGAGCUGGAGAAUGCUGGCAUCGACUGUACACUCAUCCUCGACACGGCCAUCGGUUACGUGAUGGAAACGGUGGAUAUGGUACUGGUCGGUGCUGAAGGAGUGGUUGAAAGUGGUGGCAUCAUCAACCGCAUCGGUACCGUAACGAUGGCAAUCUGUGCAAAAGAAAUGAAAAAACCGUUUUACGCACUGGUAGAAAGCUUUAAAUUUUGUCGAUUGUUUCCACUGAACCAGCGAGAUCUACCGAAUGAGUAUAAGUACAACAAGAAAAAUUUAAAGGACACGACAAAGGUUCACCCAAUGGUUGACUAUACGCCACCCGGAUACAUAACUUUACUCUUUACCGACCUCGGCAUUCUGGCCCCAUCAGCCGUUAGUGAUGAACUGAUUAAAUUGUAUCUUUAG